AUGCGUGAACACACAGAAAGUGUCGAAGCUGCGAAGAAGAAAGCUGACGGGGAAGCAAAACCCUCAAAAACAUGGACUCCACUGAAGCGUCGUGAAGGUCUUUGUUCAUUUUCGGAUCAAAGAACAGCGAAUGCUCGACUUUUGUCACGUUGUCAUCGCGUUUACGAUGAAAAAAGGCAAACUAGGAGAAGAAGGUGGAACGCGAUGCGUUAUCUCCACAAUGCACUGCCUGGAUGUGUCAUUGAGGGAAUUGACGUUUUUGAUAUGGCUCAACGAACAAAUUUGUCUGUUGCUGGUAUAUUUGGUCCAGAGCACAAGCUAGCUCUUACAGAAAUGCCAUUUGCUUCAGAUAUGGACAAUAGUCUGGCUCCACAGUGGAUCAAGAAGGCAACAAGCAGCUACUAUAGACUUUCUUACAGUGAAUGGUCUCCACUUCAAAGCUACCACUGGGGAGCGUGGGCGAUGUCAUUUGAUGGUUUCGCCUGCGCGAUUCCUGUUCCGCCAGUUGUAAUUGAUGGCUAUGGCAAUGUAACUGCAGUUCAGAGAGCGGCUGUUCCGAAAUUAUUGUAUCCAGAGUUCGCUUAUCGAAAGAUGUACAAUGUUGCUGAGAAUGUAUAUCCACGUUCUCUUGAUUCACCUUUACCUAGAGGGAACGAGGAUGCAGAUUCAGUGGCUCACUGUCCCAUGUGCUUGCGGACAUCUGACUAUUACGCUGACAUGGAUUUUGUGCGAAUGUGUUUCAAAGGAUUGCCACAAGAAGUUCUAGAGGAUUUCGAAUUACCUGAUGUGGACACAAGCUGCACUACUUACCACCGAUCAAGUACCGCUCCUCAAAUAAUGACCGAGGAAGAUCUGAAUGAAUUAUUGAGUGGUGAGUAA